GGCAUUCACCAUGUCAAAAAUGAUGGUAUUAGGAUUUGUGCACAUUGCAAAAUGCCUGCCAGAUGUAGUGCUCCCAGAUGCACCAAUUCUAAUAAAGAAAGAUAUGGCUGCAUAAACUUUGCUCGAGAUCCAAAGUUGAGACAAAAAUGGAUUGAUGCUGUUGGAAUUUCAGAUUGGAAACCUCCAAAAUCAGCUGUAUUGUGUGAGGUCAGCAUCGAAGCAUGCAUACAAAUGUUUUAUAAUGUUCAUUUCCAUCCAUCAGAAUUAUUCCGCAUUGGUAACAAAAAAAUUAUAAGGAAAGGUACCAUACCAAGUUUAUUUUGCAAAUGUGAAGAACCUAUGAAAGAAAAAUCUCUUACAAAAAUUCAACAAGAACAGCGAUGUAAUGAAUCAACUGAAUUUUUUUCUUACAAAAAGGCAGGAUUAAGAAGUGAUCAUUUGUAUACUGCUACAGAAAAUUCUGAUAAGCAAGAAAACAAUAGUUGCAAAAGAGAGCAGUAUUCAAAUGAAUUACAAGAACAUAAUUAUUGUUUACUUUCCAAAAAAGGAAAAUCUAUUACGUUUGGGCCAUGUAAGAAGUAUGUUCAUACUGCACAUUGUAUUGUAAUGAAAAAACCCAUUGAUAUAAAUAUAUUGAAGACAUUCUCUGAAGAGGAAAAUUACAGAUCAAAUUCUAAUCUAGACGUACAUGUAUCAUCAGAAUUUACUGCAAACCAAAUAUUGUCUACAGAGAAUUUACCUAAUCCAGAAGAAUAUGAAAUACUAAAAAAAAAAUUAAAAAUGGUUGAAAAGGAAAGAGAUAUCCUAAAAAAUAAAGUUAAUGACUUAGAAAAAAAUAUCGAGGAAAAUACUGAAAUAAUCAAUACAGUUCUUAAUAAAGAUCAACAAAGAGCAAUUAUAUACGGUACUACAAAAGGUUCCAAGUGGUUAGAUGAAACAAUCGAAAAAGGAUUGAACUUGCAUUUUGCAUGUGGAUCGCAUGGUUAUAAUCAGAUAAUUAAAUUUGUUGCUCCUUUUCCUUCAUUGAGAACUUUAAGAAAUAAAAUACAGCAAAAUUUGAACUAGCAGCUUUAUUCUUGAGCAUAUGAAUAAUUUUCGCAUACGAAAAUGAUAAUUCUCGACUGUGAUUGGUCGAUUGUACAUGGAAUUGCUAUUUCCGUGCGAUAUUUAUUCAAGAAUAGGGCUCCAGAAUAUUUGAAGAUGUUUUUAAAUAUCUGCAGUUGAUCGUUCUUCAUAUUUUAUGUACAAGGAAAAUCUGUGGACUAGUAUUUAAUGAAAAGACAAUUAAAGAGCAGAUAUAUAUCGAUUUUGACAUAAGUACAAAGGCAUAUAUUGGAAAUGUGACAUUAUUUGGCAAUACAAAUAAAUUGGCAUAUAAAGCUUUACUUUUCCAAUUGUUUAGACUUGAUUUUCAUUGAAAGUAGUAUGUAGCUAUCUUAUUCAGUAAAUGAUAUAAUUAGAGGUUAUUUCAGAAAUACUUCAAAAAUAUCAUAAUGUAGGUUUAAAAGUAGUUUUGGUUUGUGAUAUGGGAAAUAGAGGAUUGCUCACAAAAUUAGGGUUUAAAAUUACGAAGAGAAAGAAAGAGAGAGAGAAAAAGAGAAGCAGAUAUGGUAUAUACUAUACAUAUCCUUGCGAUCUAGAGAUUAUAUUACAGUUAAUUCCAGAUCCUGUUCAUGUUGUUAAAAAUUGGAAAGAAAUGACUAUAGAAAAUCAAUUUAUUUACUUACCACAAAA